AUAAUACCCGCCAUUUCACACUCCCUCCGUUACUCUCAGCGGGAUCUUCAACGAACAAAUUUGGUAAUCUGAAAAAUGCAGGAGCAGAGACCGGGUUUCCGAGUCCGCGACCCGAGCACUGACUCCGUAAUCUUCGCCUUAGAGUCGAACUUCAGCCUCUUCUCCUCCGCCUCCGCCAGCGUCGACCUCUGCUCCUUCGACCACGACGACUCCACCGCCUCUGAGAUCUCUCCGCAGAACUCGGCCCCACGCGAUCGCCGCCACGAGGAAAGCUCGAGUGGUCCAGAUCGCGAUCCGGAUCCGAACAGAAUCCACGCUUUUCAGCACACUCGUCGUCUCUCCGCAAGGGGAGAAAAAGCCAAAGUUCAAAGGGAGGACUCCGACUCAGAUUUCGUCCUCGAUUCCGCCAGAAGCUCCUUCUCUCUUGCCCUCAAAGAAUGCCAGGACCGGCGGUCCAGAUCUGAAGCUCUAUCGAAGAAGCUAGACCGGCCGAGACCCGCCUCGUUGGACUUGAACAACAAUGCCUCUGUGUCCUCGCCGAGAUUAGGCGCGAUAAAGAAGGGUUCAAUGGCGUCUCGGAAAUCGGGUAACUUCCCCAGUCCCGGCACACCGAGUUACCGGCACGCGAGUCUCGGAGUUCAAAAGGGUUGGAGCUCGGAGCGAGUCCCGUCGCAUAACAAUGUGGGUAGGAAGAAUACGACGGCUGCGAUAUUGCCGUUUAAUAACGGGAGGACAUUGCCGUCUAAGUGGGAAGAUGCUGAGAGGUGGAUUUUGAGUCCCGUUCAGGGGGAUGGCGUGGUGAGGCCAGCUUAUCAGCAGACCCAGAGGCGGCCCAAGUCGAAGAGUGGUCCGCUCGGUCCUUCUGGGGUUGCGUAUUACUCAUUGUACUCGCCGGCAAUGCCAAUGUUUGAUGGGACCAAUGUGAGUAAUUUCAUGGCUGCUUCUCCGUUUUCGGCUGCUGUUAUAUCAGCUGAUGGGUUGGGGUUCCAGUCCGGUGCCGAAAAUGGUAGCUUUACGACGCGGGCAGAGCCUUGCAUUGCUCGUUCGGUUAGUGUUCAUGGUUGCUCUGAGGUGCUGGAGCAGCAGUCUUCAUUGCCUGACUCUCAAGAUGUAAAGUUUGAUGGCCCCAAUGGGGUCAAGGAUGCGGCUACGAAUGUAUCUCGGGCAGUUUCAAGAAGGGACAUGGCAACCCAGAUGAGCCCAGAUAGCGCUCACUCAUCUCCCAGAGCACGGGCUUCUUACUCUGCCUCCACUUCCUCUGGUCUGCCUAUUUUGGAAGUGCAGAGUGCGGCUUCUUCAAAGUCGGAAGUCAGGGAUGUGCAGGUAGAUGAACGGGUCACUAUGACAAGGUGGUCCAAGAAGCAUAAAGCUCGAAGGCCUGGGAAGGGUUCUCAUAUUGGUGAUGGUUGGAAAAAGAAGGAUGCAGACGUUCAAUCUGCUGCUUGGGAUCUCUCUGACACGUCGAAGAGCAUUGCAAAUGUUAAUAGAGAGGAAGCAAAAAUCACUGCUUGGGAGAACCUACAGAGGGCAAAAGCUGAGGCAGCAAUACGGAAACUGGAGAUGAAGCUUGAAAAGACGCGAUCGUCAUCAAUGGAUAAAAUCAUGAACAAGUUGAGAUCGGCUCAGAAGAAAGCUCAAGACAUGAGAAGCUCAGUCGACCAAGCGCAAGUUGCGAGGACCUCACGUAAAGCUUUAUCAAUCCGAAGAACUUGUCAUAUGGGUUCUUUCAGUGGUUGUUUUACAUGCCAUGCUUUCUGAUGCCUAAUCCAGCCACAUGUUGCUCCGCUCAAGCUAUAAAGCAAGUGUCCAUAUCUUUCAGGACACGAAUGAAUGGAGUAUAGCAGUUCGCAGCUACUAUUUUGACACUCGAUCAGCGUUAACACAGUUUUAUAGUGGCUUGAGGCACCAAUACCUGAAGUUCAGUAUCAGAUGAAUAGGACCGUACCCCCUACCUAGUGAGCAAGAUUCUUGGUGAUUCAGGGACUAAUAAUGCUCGUGUGUGUAAAUCAAAGGCUUCAGAUUGUAUACUAUGUUCAAUUAUGUUUCCAAACAAUGAAGCCUCUCCUUGUGCAAAUGGAACAAUAUUCUACACUAUAGUUUUCUCAAAACAAAAAGCAAUCAGCUUCCUUUGCGAUCA